AUGGUCUGCACAGGUGGAGCGCUUGGCAUUGCUGAUCACAUUUCUCUUUCCAUUCUCAGUUUCUUCGUACAUCGAUGCGGUAGAACAGCGCGAUGUGGAGCGGAGGGUCGAGCAAUUCUCUUCCUUGCACCAACCGAGGUCGCCUACGUGGACUUUCUUCGCAUCAACCAAAAUAAGUGGGACAUUUUGCAAAACGAUGAAGAGCUUCUCAAAGUAAACCGCAAACACACUGAACUUCAGAAGUCGGCAGACGUUACCCUUGUCGAAAAGGAUCUGUCCGAAUUGGUGGACGUCUCCAUUGCGAAGGAAUUAACGAGCGAAUCAAUUCGUGCACAAAUUCAUCAAAUUUGCAUCAAAGAUAGUCUUGGAGAGUUGGUUGAUAUGCCUGAAUAGCUGGAUUGGGGCUCGCUGGGCAAUGCUUACGGCUUAUUGCGACUGCCGCAAAUGCCGGAGCUUAAAGGUGCCACUAUCGACAGCUUUGUCCCCUCCAACAUCGACCUGACUAAACUCAAAUACAAAGAGAAAAGCGUUGCCAAGCAGCGCGAGUUGAAACGCAAAGCUCUGUUGGCGGAUCCAUCGCCAGGAUUCAAGAAGUUGACCUCUAGAGAAAAGGCGACAGCCAAAGAAUCUAAGCGUCCUGUGCGCCGCCAGAAAAAGGGACCUAAAGUGGGGCCUCCUGUGCCUUUUGCUCCUCCUGUUGCCGAUAUGUCAGACGUACGUACGAGUAAGCGUCGUUCCAGCGCUAUGGCAAUCGGUAGAGGCGAUGAUGAUGUCGAUGACGAUGACGACACAGAGUCCAUUUUAGAGGAGUACAGAAAGGUGAAGAAGCUGAAGGGUCGCAAAAUUACAGCGGCCGAGAUAGAGGAUUUGGAAGACGAAGAAAGCGACUUACAUUUGCCGCUUCGGGUGACCCACUCUCGAACUGAACCACCUCUGGGGAAGCCUGACACACAAGAAAAAGAGGAGGAAAGGUUGAAUGCAAUGGUGCACUCACUGAAACUGCCGUCCACUGUGCUCCAAGGCGGUAUGCAGGUUGAUGAGAAUGACGAGGAUGAGGAGGUAGGUUUGCAAAUAGAAAUGAAACUGCUUCAGUACUCUACGGAUUUGAAUGGCACAACUUCGACAUGGUAG